GAACAACGUAGACCUUGCGUUCAAGCUUCAACAACGGCUUCUCUCUGCUUCCAUAAACACGCGUAAACUUCCCUCUCAUUGAUCGUGCGACUCUUUUGCUUCCAUGGCAGCUUCUUUAGCGGCGGAGGCUGAUGAUUCGCGGUGGAAGUACAAUGCCUUCCUCAAUUUCAGAGGGAAAGAUGUUCGGAGAAAUUUCAUCAGCCAUCUCUACGAUGCUCUCAAAGAAGAAGGACUGACAAUCUUCCAUGACGACGAAGAACUCCAGAGAGGCGAUUUUAUAGAGGAAGGGCUUGAGAAAGGGAUGAAACAGUCGCGGUUCGCGAUCGUCGUGAUCUCUGAGGACUACGCUACCUCUCAGUGGUGCUUGAGAGAGCUUUCGUAUUUGGUGGACUUAGCUGAGAAGAAACCCCCUGGAAUUGGAUUGAUCCCUAUAUUCUAUGGAAUCGAUCCGUCAAUAUUGAAGAGCCGAACCGGGUGUUUCAGCGAAGCUUUAAAGAAGCAUGAGCAGAGAUUUGGUCCGGAGAUGGUGAAGAAAUGGAGAGAGGCUUUGGCUACAGUUGGAAACAUUUCUGGCUGGGAUUCCAAAAGCAGGGACAAUGACUCAAAGCUUGUACAUGAAGUCGUUCAAGAUCUUGUUGAAAGGUUAUACUUAGACGAGGCAGCAGACGAAUCAACUGAUUUGGUUGGGAUGAGUUUUCACAAGAAACGCAUAGAAUCUCUCUUAUCAUUGGACUCUGAAGACGAUGUCCAAAUGUUAGGACUUUGGGGCAUGGGAGGUAGAGGGAAAACCACCAUCGCUAACUGUAUCUUCAAAGGCCUCUCGAGUAAGUUUCCUGACCGUUGCUUUCUUGAAAACGUGAAAAGUGAUUUCCAAAAACACGGUGCAUCACAUUUGCGGAAGCAAAUCAUGUCCGAGAUUUUCCCCAAAAGCCCACUUAAUCCACGGUGCAUCAAUUCUGAUGCAAUGAAACGAAGGUUACGUGGCAAGAAAGUUCUUCUCGUUCUUGACGAUGUUGAUGACGUUGAACAACUUCAAGAAUUGGCUGGAAACUGCAAUUGGUUUGGACCAGGAAGCAGGAUCAUUAUAACUACAAGAGACAAGCGUGUGUUAGAUGAGCAUCAUGUGAAACUCAUCUAUGAAGUGAAGCCUCUUAGGACUACACAAGCAAUUCAGCUUUUCAGUAAGCAUGCUUUCAAAAUGAACCGUCCACGAGAAGAGUUCCGCGAGCUUUGUUUAGAUAUCGUGGAGAAACUCGGUGGUCUUCCAUUAGCGGUUCGAGUCGUUGGUGCAUCUCUAUACGACCGGAAAAUAGGGUUUUGGGAGAAUAAGCUGUGUAUACUGAAAAACAAAUGUCUUGAUAAACCUAUCUCGCUUGCGUUAAAAGCAAGUUAUGAUGCACUUGAUGAUCAUGAGAAGAGUGUUUUUCUUUACGUCGCUGGUUGUUUCCACGGGGAAUAUAUGAACCGGGCUAUAAUGGUACUUGACCCUUUGGUGAUAAAAUCUGAAGUAAGGCUAGUAACUUUGAUGGAGAAGUCUCUGAUUAGUAAGUCCAACAAUACGAGGCUUUGGGUUCAUGAUUUACUACAAGACAUGGCUAAGGAUAUCACUUGUGAAGGAAGACUGGAAAAACCAUGGAAGCGUAAAAUGAUGUGGAACUCUUUGGAUGUCAAAGGCUUGUUCACUGAAAAUAUGGGAAGUAAAGACAUUGAGGUUGAAAGUAUAUUGCUCAACAUGGCUGAAGAAACAGGGUUUUGUAUUAACCCUGAAACGUUUAAGAAGAUGAUCUGUCUUAAGUUUCUUAAAAUUCAUAAUAAUCUCAGUAUUGGAGGGAGCAAAGUGUGUAUUGUCGGCGAUUUUGACUACCUCCCUCCACUAAGAUAUCUUCGCUGGGAGGCUUACACUCUAAAGUCAUUGCCUUCAGACUUCAAGACUCACAAUCUAGUUGAGCUCAUGUUUCCAGUUCUUGGAAAUGGAGUGGAGAAAAUGUUCUUGAAUGGAACUAUGAUCGAAGAAGUACCCUCGUCAAUAGGCGAGAAUGUGAAUCUCUUAUGUCUUGACAUGUCAGAGUGCAAGAAGCUCCGAAAUCUUCCUGACACGUUGAGAAACCUGAAGAAACUGAAGCUGCUUUAUCUUCGCGGAUGCGUUAACAUCACUAAGAUGCCACAUGUUGCAGGGGAAAUAAGAAGAUUGGAUUUGUAUGGGACGUCAAUAGAGAAGUAUGGAGUUCUCUCUGAAGAGGAGGCGCUUGAGUUGCACAAUCGUGAUAUGGAGUUCGCAAAGGGGUUUCUUACUCGGUUUGUCCGAAAUUACAAGAGAGGAAAAAACUCUAGAUAG